UCUGGCUUUGAAGUCUUGCGAGAUGACGUCAUCACCACCUCUGCCCGAUGCUCAACUCGCUCCUGACUCGGACACUGAGUCCAAGCUACCUGCUCUCAUCUACGAUCUCUCCCAGCAGGUGCAAGUUGCAAUGGAGAACAUGCUUAAAAUGACAAAGGAAAUCGAUCAGAACUCUGCUGAAAUACUAGAAGAUAUAGAAAAGUCCAAAGACUCUGCUCUCCAGAGAAAGAAAAACUUAGAAGAAGAGAAGGAGCAUUUUCAGAAAGCUGCUUUUGCUGUUCUAAACAUGCUUAACAGAGAUCUCAACUGAAGCUCUAAUGUUGGCCAUU